AUGGCAAAUACAGAGGAGGAUUCACUUCCAAUCUUACGAGAAGAAGUCGAGGCAGCAAUCAAUACUAUAAAACUAGAGAAAUCAGCAGGUAUCGACAACAUACCCUCAGAACUGGUUAAGGCAGGAGGAGAAGCAAUGAUCACAGCUCUUACAACCAUAUGCAACAACAUCUGGAGCACUGGAAUUUGGCCAACUCCAUGGAAACAAUCACUGUCUCAGAUUAUCACCUUACCAAAGAAAGGAAAUCUACAGCUAUGUAACAACUACCGGACCAUCAGUUUAAUAAGCCACCUAAGCAAGGUGAUGCUGAAGAUCAUUUUAAAUCGACUGAAACCUGUAGUAGAGACCAUCAUUGCUGACGAACAAGCAGGCUUUAGAACAGGAAGAAGGAAAGAGACAGAGCUAACCAGCUUGGUGAAUCGCCUUGACCAAGCAGCUUCUUCAUAUGGUAUAGAGAUAAGUGCAGAAAAAACAAAGUUGAUGGCCAACAACACUCAAGGCAUCACCUCAAAAGUCAAUGUUAGCGGUACAUGUCUGGAGACAGUGAAGUCAUUCAAGUACCUCGGAUCCAUCAUAUCAGACGAAGGCUCCAAAGCAGAAAUUAUAGCAAGGAUUGCACAAACAACUGCAGUGUUAGCGAAAUUACAAACCAUCUGGAGAGACAGAAACAUCACUCUACGCCCGAAGAUCCAGUUAAUGUGUUCCCUUGCUAUGUCGGUCUUCCUUUAUGCCUGUGAGACCUGGACUCUCACUGCUGAGCUAGAAAAGAGGAUCAUGAGCACUGAGAUGAGAUGCUAUAGGAAGAUACUAGGCAUCAAUUACACGGACCAUGUGACCAAUGCAGAGGUCGACGGGACAGUCACAGAAGCUAUAGGACCUCACAAUGACUUUCUCACUAUCGUCAAGAAGCGGAAACUAAGAUGGUACGGCCAAGUUUCACGCUCAAGUGGCCUUGCAAAGACUAUCCUGCAAGGCACAGUGAAAGGAGGACGAAAACGAGGAAGACAAAAGAAGAGGUGGGAAGACAACAUCCCUAAGUGGACUGGACUGAGCCUAGCAGAAACCCAGAGAGCGACAAAGAGAUUUAUGGAUAAAAGUAUCCGUUAUAGAUAG